GGCAAGGCUGAUUUCAUGGGCCGCACGUUCGCCAAGCCGGUGGUGAAGAUGUCGGAGGAGCAGUACGGGCCCCCCCGCUUCCCCCCCCAGCUCGAGUACUACCAGAUCUACCGCGGCAACGCCACCGCCGGGGACCUGCUGGCGGCAUUCGAGCUGCUCCAGAUCGGCCCCGGGGGCAAGUCCGACCUGCCCCCCAUCGACGGCCCCACGGACGUGGAGCGGGGCCCGAUCCUGCCGGUGCCGCUGGGGAUCCGCCCGGUGCUGAGCAGAUACAGGGUGGAGGUGCUGUUCUGGGGUCUGCGGGACCUGAAGAGGGUGAACCUGGCCCAGGUGGACCGGCCGCGCGUGGACAUCGAGUGCGCGGGGCGGGGGGUCCAGUCCGCCCUCAUCCCCAACUACCGCAAGAACCCCAACUUUGGCACCCUCGUCAAGUGGUUCGAGGUG